AUGUCACCUAGUCUAGCAAUUGAAGAUAGUCCUCUAUCUGAUGAGGUGCCCGCCACCACCACUGCUUCGUCAGCCCAGCCUAUGAACCAGUCCCGCGACGCGUGGGAUCUCCAGGACGCGUUUAGUCACGUUGCCGCGUACGGACCAUUCCAGCUCCUACCUCUUGCGCUCACCUUGGCACCGGCCGUAUCACCCACUCUCGCUGCACACUGGUUUCUGACGGCAAUCUCCACUUACGCAAUGGCUAUGGAACGAGCGGAACCUCUGCCGACGCCGCCACCAGACGCUUUACCGCCUGCACCACAGCCCCCUACGGCAGGACUACCGGACUCGAACGCUCCAACGCCAGCUCCAGUUGUCAUCAAUGAAGACACUGAUCUCGCUUCCCUCACCCCAGCACAGUUAUACGAGCUGAACCAGAAUGUAUUGAACGAAUCUACGUCUUCCGACCGGCCUUUGAUUGCUCCCGUGGCUCCCAUUGCCGUCCUGCGCGCCGAAUAUGAAGCUGGUUCCCAGGCUUUCGUCAAGCAGAUCGAUGCGCUGGCCGGACAGGGAUAUUCAGGCAUACGAAGGACUAGAGGAGAUGGUGACUGCUUCUAUCGGUCCUUAGCCUUUGCAUACAUCGAACGCGUCAUGCGAGGACCCGACCCAACACUGGACGCUACGGUUGCUAUAAGCGUACUGGACUCGUCUCUCUCACUUCUUGAGGGUGUCGGCUUCGAUAAGUUUGCGUACGAGGACUUCUAUGAGGAACUCUUGGGGCUGCUCAAGCGGGUCGGCUCGGAAUCAUCCAAUCGCCUAACACCCGCUUCUCUUCUGCAGGCUUUCCAGGCUCCAGAAGUCUCCACUUCCAUUGUCGUCUUCUUGCGCCUCCUCACCAGCGCACAAAUCCGGAUGGAUCCGGACGCGUUCGACGCCUUCCUUUUCCAUCCUGAUUUCGGAAACCAGAUGACAGCCCGAGACUUCUGUGAGACGUUUGUAGAGCCAACUGGCAAAGAAGCAGACCAUGUGCAGAUGACCGCACUUUCACGCGUGUUGCAACUCAACGUGAAGGUUGCAUACCUUGAUGGCCACUCCGCUGAUGGCAAGGUUGACUGGGUUGACUUCCAAUGCGCGCCUGACCCGCAGGCUUCACCUGUCAUUCUCUUAUACCGCCCUGGUCAUUACGAUAUUCUGGAGACAAGGAGCGAAGAGGAACUCUAA